AUGCGGAUGAGUGUGAAGGUGUUUGCCGCCCUCGGUGGAUUCCUNUUUGGCUACGACACCAGUGUCAUCAAUGGUGCCCUCUUCCAGAUGAAGGACCACUUCGGUUUCUCCGAGCACUCCUGGAUUGCUGGUCUGAUCGUGAGCAUUGCCGUUGCUGGGGCCUUCGUGGGCGCAUUCCUCCCCGGGCUGUUCGCCGCACGCUGGGGAAGACGCACGUGCAUUGGCGUUGCUGAUGUACUGUUCACUGUGGGAUCCGUUGUGAUGGCUUCGGCGAGCGGGGUGGAGAUGGUUCUGGUCGGACGCGCCAUUGUCGGUCUUGGCAUUGGCAUUAGCUCCGCCACUGUUCCUGUGUACCUCGCGGAGGUGACACCACCCGCGUCGCGUGGCGCUGCCGUUGUGUUCAACAGCAUUUGCCUAACGGGGGCACAGCUCAUUGCCUCCGUCGUGACUGCUCUACUGGUGCAGUUUACGUCGGAGAACGUUGGCUGGCGCAUAGCCGUCGGGCUUGGUGGGGUGCCGUCGGUGAUUCAGCUUAUUGGCCUUAUCUUCUUUCUACCCGAAAGCCCUCGGUGGCUUCUUGCCAAGGGUGAGCGGAGUGAGGCGCGGAGGGUGGCAGCCGAGUUCCAGCUUGAUGUGUGUAGUUCCGAUGAUGACGUGGACGGAGAGCCAAUUUCAAUGGACUAUCGUGGUCUCGUGUCGAAGGGCGUGCGGAGGUGCCUGUUUAUCGGGUGCAUGCUUCACGUGAUUCAGCAGUUUUCCGGAAUCAACACCAUCAUGUACUACAGCGCGGUUAUUCUGCACGAUACGGGCUUCGAUGACCCCAAAUCGCCUGUGAUUUUGUCCAUCCCACUCGCUGGAGUAAAUGCUGUGUUUACGGUUUUCACGGCGUUUACUGUGGAUCGAUGGGGGCGGCGUUUGUUGCUGCAGCUAAGCGCAUAUGGUUGUUUCGUCAUCACUGUGGUCAUGACUGCGAUCGGCUUCUGCUUGGGCAAUCAGGUGUCGUACUCUGUGGGCGGGUGGGUCUUCCUCUCGCUGCUUGGUCUGUACCUUGCCUUCUUUGCCCCCGGCCUCGGGACAAUGCCAUGGGUUGUGAUUGGUGAGAUCUUCCCCAACCAUUUGCGCACCUCUGCGGCGUCCGUUGCGACGAUGUGCAACUGGGCAUCCAAUGCGGUUGUUUCGCAGGUGUUUCCGCUGCUGAUGGGAUCCGUUGGGGUUGGCGGCACCUUCAGCGUCGUCUGUGGCUGCAUCGCCUUGUCUGCAAUUUUCAUUCAGUUCUUCGUGGUGGAAACUAGGGGGCUCACGCUUGAGAAGAUCGAAGAGCUCUUUGGUAACGGCAAACGCCCCGUAGAAAAUGUCCCUGUGGAUGAGGAGGACUUGUGCCAGCGAGAGAAUUCGCAUCAACCGGUGUCCUAG